AAAAAAAAAAAGAAAAAAAAGUUACCAUUACCAAACUAGGUACUUCACAGUAAAUAUCUUGUAUUUAGAUUAAAACGUAACCUCCUCCUCCACUAAACCGGUCUGCUCUCUUCAUCGGUAAUCCUGACUCCUGAGCUCCGACGAGCGACGGCGAUGUGGUAGCGCACCAGGCGCAGAGUCUCCGCAGAAAAAAUGUCGCUGGUAGAUUACGCUUCUUCCUCAGAUGAAGAAGAGGAUCGCAAUACAAUUGCUUCUAUAGAGGUAGAGGGAAACCAAGAACCCAAAGUCCCGGAACAAGUAGCGCCGGAGAAGUGGCAACGAAUUGAGGCUUCAAUUGAGCAAUCCUCGGCUCCUAAACCGCAACUUCGAGUAUCUCAUAAUCCUCCGCAUCAGAACCAGUAAAAGCUUCUGCCCUGAGUUACUUUUUUUCUUCUUUCGGCUCUGUAUUAGUUGUGCUUAGUAGGGCUUUUUCUUCUCGUGUAUUUCUUAUCUGUUUUCUGGUGUGCUUGACUGAAAUUCUCAAAUAUUUGCGGUUAACUUUGGGACUUGGGUGCCGUUUGACAUUAGUGAGAUUUGUAGUUAAUGAUUCGCUUCUAUUAGAACCCUAUUUAGAAUACUGCAGUAUGUUCGUCUGGCUUUGAUGGUUUUGUUAUAUAGUAGGCUCAAAAUUUCAUUUUUCAAGUGAAGAAUGGUAUCUUUUGUUUCUAGAAUGUAAAAUGGAAUUUCAAAGAAUUAUUUUAAGAACCAUGUUAAUACGUUCGCUUUGGUAGUUAGGAACGAUGUAGCACAUAAAUCGGGAUGUUGUAAAUGUCUACUAUUCUUAUGUAUGUGGACGUGUUGUUGUUUAGGUGCAUAAAUUGGUUGGAUUUAGUGCUUUACACGUGUAAGCUAAGCUAUGUUGUUAAAUGAAUGUGUGGUAUUGGUUUUAUGAGUGUUGCAGUGCUUUUUGUCCGUUUUCCAGUUUGUUCAUGUUCUUUGGAAAAAGUAUGUGACGUAUUUGUAGAUCUUCAACCAUAAUGCAUAGUUUUGAAAAUGAGGUUUGCCUUUCAUUUGUUUGUAGGAGUUCUACAGCAACUGUAAAUCGGCAAGGGGAAGAGUUUGAGGCUCCCAUGUUGAAACUCCCCGAUGCUGCUUUUCUUCUCAGUUCGCCAGCUUUGGCCUCUAAUGUAGCAGCCACUGACCAUUCUUCCCGAGUUGCAGCUGCUAUGGCAGAAAGUGUGUCAAGGAAGAGAGACUUAAAUAUUUCAUCAUCUAGUUACACUCGACACAAAUUACCCAAAGGGAACUUGCCCCAUUCGAAAAGAAUCCCAGAUACUACUGGUGGUAAUCUACUUCCGCCUCAACUUGCUGGAAGGAGCAAUGUUGUUACUGAGGAUAUAAGCAAGCUUUUUGUGAAGAAGCGUGUUGACUCUUCUUCAUCAACAUAGUUCAUUAGCAGAUCAAAUGAUGGUUCUGGAAUCUGGAUGUACACUCUUGGUAGUAUGUAACAAAAAGUGCUUUCGCUUCACUUGUUAGUUACUUUUUUCUUUUUGUGGAUAUAAAUGUAUUAAGACUAGAUCUAGAAACUGAAAAUUGGCGGGAAGUUGGAGUAAAUGCUCUGAGCAAAGUGUUGUUCCUCGUUGGUAUGAACGGCUGAUAGGUCUUACAUACAAUUGCAUAAUCUAUAAAGUGACCAAUGCCUUUGUAAACUAGGAUUUUCUGUUGAAACUGCUGAAUUUGAAACAACAGUGUUCUCUGUUCAGACUCUUAGAAUUCAACCGAGUACUAAUCAUAAGCUAAGUACAUUUUACAUUGACAAGUUCUUUAUGUAUUCCUUUUUAUGUAGCUUCGGCUCAUACUAUCAGUAACUACUGAUUCCACGAGGAAUCUCUUUUUUCCUGGUUAAUCUUCCUUGCCA